GAUCAAUAAACUUAAGCUUGUUGUUGUACCAGCUAGUUAUAUAUAUAUAGCUCCUGCAAUGCAAGUACAGGCAGUUAUUAUCAGCAUCCAGCUGUUUAGUCUUGCUGCAGCCACACUGACAUCCACCCCCACUGUGGCCUGUCCUGAUGACACUGUCACUUUCACCUGCACUAUGCCUGGUAGUCUCAUACGAUGGGAUGUCACUCCACCACAACAAGCUACAUUCAGCAUAACUUUAAGAACCAACGACAACAUUAACACUGAUGAAACACGAGGUAUUCCAGCAUUCCGUGGUGUUCUCACUGACUCCAGUGGAGGAAUGGUUACUGCCACUCUUACCUCACUGUCUGAGGCCUCCACUGUGGAGGAUACUAUGGUGGAGUGUGUGGGAGGGAGCUCACGAGAGGGUCCUCUCACUAUCACUGUGGCUGAUCCACCCUCCCCUCCCCUCAACCCAAUAGUAUCCUCCAUUCUAAACCAACCCAGCUCCUCCAUUAUUACUCUGGAGUGGGACCCUCCCUCCUCUACUGGUGGUGUGUCUGUCAGGUAUGUCCUCAUUAUCUCUCCAACAUCUCUCUCCGGGUCACCAAUCACCGUGGAGACCACCUCCACACAGAUCACUGUCUCCUACAACACACACUACAAUGUGAUGGUCAGAGCUGUCAACUGUGUUGGAAUGAGUCAAGAAAGUCAAAUAGUUGAUCUUAUUGUAUGCCCCACACCGUCUACUGCUGUUGGUGUGAUCAUCACUAACACACCUCCUGUCACUAUUGGUGGAUCCAUGCUCACCUUCACUUGUAGUGGAGACAAUGAAGUGAGAACCUCAACCUGCGGCAGUAGUGGGUGGUCUCCUGACCCUGGGUUCUUUGACUGUGGCAUCCCAGUUACAGAUCCCCCAAUCGCCUGUAGCCCUCCAGUUGCACCAUCUAGAGGUAGUGUGAACAUCAGUGGUGGGACACCACCCUUCUCACUGGGUUCAAUGGUAAUCUAUGGCUGUGACAAUGGACUGUUCUCCCUUGAUGUGAGAACCAGUACAUGCACUGAUGUGGAGGGUAGGGGAGAGUGGGUGGAGAAUCCUGGGAGCUUUGUGUGCAGGGAGAGGCCAGUCAACUGUUCUUUACCCUUGGAGCCAUCCAACGGAACUAUAGUGGACUAUGAGAUGUUGAAUGAGACAGUGUUGGAGGGAACAGUGCUGACUUACCAGUGUGACAAUGGACUCCCAUUGACUGGACCCAACACCAUCACUUGCACUAAUGCUGGAGUCUGGAGCACUGAGCCUGAGGCAAUCAUGUGUGUGUUACCAACUGAAGCUGCCACCCUAUCAACUGGUGUAACUAUUGCCAUCAGUGUUACUACUACUUUCGUUGCCAUUACUAUCCUUGGAUUUCUCACUGGACUCCUAGUGAUGUAUUCGUUUAUGCGUAAGAAGGCAGUGUACUACACAAGAAAAACAGCAUUAUCUGUUGUAGAACCCACUAAACCAGUUGGUCCUGUUUAUGAGGAGGUGUCACCCAAAGAGGAGAUUGAACUGAACACUAACCAGGCGUAUGGACCACUAGGACUGUGAAUUAAACUUCAUGCUACUGACUUUUGUACUAACUAUCAUCAUGCAUACAUAAUGUUUUCUAGCCAGCAGUAUAAUUAUAUGCAUAUGUUUCACCUGCUGUACAGUGCUAACCAUUAUUUUAAACAGUUACUGUAAUUAUUA